ACCGGCCAUUUGCACAACAGGGUCGGCAAAACACGGUUUUAGUGUUGAUUAAGUGCUUGUAAAAUAAGUGAUAAAACCUUGUUUAGCUUAUAUAUGUAUGUAUGCACGUAUGUAUAUAUGUAUGUAUGUAUAUAUAUAGGGGUGUGUGUGUGUGUGUAUGUUGCACACGCAUAUCCCUCCAAAACAUUUUGCUUCAUUCCUCUUGCAGCAAGAAGAUGAUAGGUUGGGAAGAUGUUUACAAAGUGGUCGAGGCGAUGUUCCCUCUCUACGUUGCCCUAAUCUUAGGCUAUGGAUCGGUGAAAUGGUGGAAGAUAUUCAGUCACGACCAGUGCGACGCCAUUAACAGGCUGGUCUGCUACUUCACUCUCCCCCUCUUCACCAUCGAGUUCACUGCCCACGUCGACCCUUUCAACAUGAACUACCCUUUCAUGGCGGCUGACGCCCUCUCCAAGCUCCUAGUCAUGGCGGUCCUAGGGUUUUGGGCGAAGUUCAGCAGCAAAGGGAGUUACUGCUGGUCAAUCACGAGCUUUUCUCUGUGCACGCUCACGAAUUCUCUCGUGGUGGGCGUGCCCUUGGCUAGGGCUAUGUACGGAAAGCAGGCGGUUGAUCUCGUUGUUCAGAACUCGGUGUUUCAGGCCAUUGUCUGGUUAACGUUCUUGUUGUUCGUAUUGGAGUUUAGAAGGUCAGGGCUCGAGGGCGAUGGUGAGGUGGUGGACGUGGAAGGUAGGGGAGGUGAAAGGGUUGUGACGAAGAUGGAGGAGAAAUCGUUCCGUACGGUCAUGAAGGUUGUGUGGUUGAAGCUCGCCACUAACCCUAAUUGCUAUUCUUGUGUUAUUGGCAUCGCAUGGGCUUUUAUAUCUAACAGAUGGCAUAUACAAAUGCCCGGCAUAGUGGAGGGCUCCAUUUCGAUAAUGUCCAAAGCAGGAACAGGAACUGCCAUGUUCAAUAUGGGCAUUUCCAUGGCUCUUCAAAAGAAAGUGAUAGCAUGUGGAGCAAGCUUGACUGUCAUAGGAAUGGUGUUGAAAUUCGUCGCUGGACCAGCGGCCAUGGCCAUUGGUUCCAUCGUCGUUGGCCUCCAUGGCGAUGUCCUACGUGUCGCCAUUAUUCAGGCGGCUUUACCACAAUCCAUCACUUCGUUUGUCUUCGCAAAGGAAUAUGGAUUGCAUGCGGACGUCCUAAGCACAGCAGUCAUAUUCGGAAUGUUGGUAUCUCUUCCUGUGCUCAUCGGUUACUACGCAGCUCUCGAGUUCGUACGUUGAUUCAAUUAGUUAAUGAUCUUCUGUUGGGCAAGUGUUUGUAAUUCAUUUUGUUCUAAUCCCAUCAUAAUUAUAUUUAAUUAUAUCAUAUGCUCAAUUCUUGUCAUAAACCUAAUUAAAAGGAAUGA